UUGAAUUGUGCACUUUUUUUAAAUCAGCCACUAAGAUGCAUUAAUCUAAGAUGCAUUAAUCUAAUUUUGGUGCAUCUCUUGCACCGCCUGAUCCUGAUCAAAGCAGUUGCUGUCAGUCAAGAUUUAUCACAUUUUGGUCAACAUCCUCUCCUACGCCAGCUUCCCUGUGCAAUCCACAUUUCAACUCACUAGUUCACUUAAAUCAGCCAAAAAUUUUUUACCCCCAUUUCAUUAUUGCCAAACUAUCUGUGCUCCAAUGGCGGCUUCAUUGUCAAUCUCUACAAACCCUAGCUUCACCUCCUCACCCAAAAUCCCUCACACACUCUCCCCUAUCCCUCACUCCAUCAAAUUCCCCGCCACCACUCCGCAAAACUCCAUCAAAUCCCUAACUCUCCGUCCCCCACGCGCCUCCGCUGUCAUUCCACGCGCCGCCGCCUCGCAACCUUCCUCCGACGGCUCCGCGACGUUCCACGGCGUCUGCUACGUCGUCGGCGACAACAUCGACACCGACCAGAUCAUUCCCGCCGAGUACCUAACACUAGUCCCCUCCAACCCCGCUGAGUACGAGAAGCUCGGCUCCUACGCGCUCUGCGGCCUCCCGUCGUCCUACGCCGCGCGCUUCCUUGAGCCUGGGGAGACCAAGUCCAAGUACUCCAUCGUCAUCGGCGGCGCCAACUUCGGCUGCGGCUCCUCGCGCGAGCACGCGCCGGUGGCCCUCGGCGCGGCGGGGACGGCGGCAGUGGUUGCCGAGUCGUACGCGAGGAUUUUCUUCAGGAACUCAGUGGCGACCGGCGAGGUGUACCCGCUGGAGUCAGAGGUAAGGAUCUGCGAGGAGUGCCGGACCGGCGACGUGAUCACGAUCGAGCUCGGAGAGAGCCGGUUCAUCAACCACACGACGGGGAAAGAGUACAAAUUGAAGCCGAUCGGCGAUGCCGGGCCGGUGAUCGAGGCCGGUGGGAUCUUUGCUUAUGCCAGAAAGACCGGCAUGAUUCCCUUGCUGAGUGCUUAAUUUUGUUCCUUUUCAGGGUUUUCAUCGUGGCGUAGGAGUUGCAAGAGGCUAUAAAUAGUUAUCAAAGUUCCUGAAUCUCUUAUUCCAUCUAUUUUCGAUGUUAGAAUAAACGAUCAUCUCGACCUGCUUUAUUUAUGGAAUGUCAACACAGUUGUACCUUAUGUUGUUAUGUUCGCCUUUGGUAGAAUUUUCAGUUACUUUCGUGUAGCUUUUUUAUGGGUUUGAUUGAAAUGGAGAAGGGAAAAAAAAAUGAAUUGAAGUUAAUUUACAGAUGAUUUAUGCC